UUGGACUGUGACUUUAGUGGAAACAAGCACAUGUCUGUUAAGUUACAGAGAAAAACUGAGAUCAGUUUUGGAUUCUGCACCCAGAGAUGAUUUAAAACCAGCUGUCAGACCUGUGUUAUGAUAACCUGUGUGUGUGGAAGGUGGAGGCACAGAUUAUCAUGAAUGAACCCGGCUGCAGGCUGCAGGCUGGGGGCGGGGACAGACAGCAGAGCCCUCCUCCGAUUGGUCCGAUGAUUGACUCCUUCUCGCGAUAGUUUUACUACCGGUGCUGGAUGUUUUGCUGACUGGACCUGCACGCAUCCACCUCCUCAACACGUUAGCAUUGACCAGCAGCUGCAGUCAGAGUCCUGCAGAGUCCUGCAGAGUCUUGCACAGUCCUGCACAGUCCUUGCAGCAGCCUGUGUGUGUGUUGGCCGACACUCCGCUCUCCCUCAUGGCGAAGAGACGAGCCGAGGACUCCUGCUCCUCCUCCGUCCUCCUGCACGGCUCUCCCUCCAAAAGAUGCUGCAGCGUUCACAUGCAGCCGGGCAGCGUGGUUCCGACCGGAGCUGUGAGCCCGGAGUCCCUGCUGGCUCUGCUGGGCAGCCGCUCCAGAAAGAGGCCGCACUACUCUGAGGAGCAGCCCGGAGAAGAAGCAGCAGCAGCGGGUCUUUAUCUCAAGGCCACACACGCAGCAAAUGUUCAGACUUGUGGAAGUUUCCAGGAGCGUCCAGGCUCCAAGAAACGACCUCGGGAGGACUCCACGGUCUCAGAGACUGUCACUGCUAAAGAAGAUGAUCAGGCCGAUGAAGACGCCAACACUGAAGACUGCACUUACAACUCCUUCCAGUACUGGAGGACCCCGUUACCUGAACUCGACCUGUCACUGCUAGAAGAUGCCGACGAUCAUUCCCAAACAAAAGACAAGUCAAAAGUCAGCUCUUCUUCUGACGCCAUGGAGACCUGAAGGUGUUUUACUGUCCUGACGUCAGCACGAAAACAUGUGUUGCUGUCCAGCAGGUACACACGUCCAAAAAA